AUGCUGCAAACACAAGACCAAUCGCUUGAAGAAUUUUUCCACCUCAAGCUACACAUUCCGUUACUAUCGCACGUCAUCAAACUUAUUGACAAGCAGGGAGUUUCGAUAGAUCGAAAUGGAGUCGCAGAGGAAAUUGUUCGGCUCUUCACGGCAAAUUGCAACGGAGGUACUUUGAUAACAUGGCUUGGAAAAAUUGAUGACAAAUCAGAUCAGACAAUCAAAUCUUUCAUGAAUAGUUUGAUGACAUCGGUUAUGACUAGCAAGCUAGCAUAUCGACUACUAUCACUGCGAUCUACAGAUUUUGAUGAUAUUCACCAGAUUUUACGUGGGUCCAAUAACAUACCCAAAGAGAAAUGGGAAUUGUAUUUGUUUAAUUACGCUGUUUAUAUUCAUUUCAACUUCAUUGAGCACGAGGCAAAGAGUUUUUCUGUGGUGCCUUAUGUACAUAGUGUCCUGCGUAAUCAUUUCAAAAACAAUGAAGAACAGCUAAAGCAGCACUUAUCGGCGGCACGUGCAUCAUUGUCUUUGGUUAAAGAAAAUCCGGGUCUUUAUUUGGUGAAGAGGUUUAGUAAGGAUCAACUACGUUUGUUUAAAGCUGCGUUGCAGUUUACGGAUCAAACAAUUUUGGUUAGGAAAGCCUUGCAAGCAAACAGGCAGGCUUCUUCUUUUGCCAAAAAGCUAGUCGGGGAGACAGCGGUGGCCACAUUCAAGUCGAUGCUGGAAAACGAGGAACUCGUGCAAGGGCUUCAAGCGGUGCUGCUUGAUAAUGAAGCAGUGCGACUGCUUAAAGCAAUAAUGAGAGAGGUGAAUGGUGUUGGAGACUUUUCGUUGCUUUUAACAAAUCUUGGUGCAGAGAUGAAUUCGAAGGAAGUUGAAGUUGUGACUAAACUUGAUCAGCUGAUCAAGGAUGAGAAAACAUUGGAAUUGCUCAAAACGUCUAUGGUGGAUGCUAGUAGUGUGACAAUGUUUAAAGAUGCGUUGGAGUCAGAAGGACGGCUCAAAUUAGUUGAUGACAUGUUAAGCAGUACGGAAUUGGAUUCGGCGACGAUAUUAAAUGGGAUUCUCGACAAUAAGAAGAGAGUGCAAUUUCUCAAAGAGGUAUUACAGGAUGAUACGCGUUUGAAGUUAUUUAGAUCGGCGUUGGAUGACAAGAUAGGUGUCAAGAUGUUCAAGUCAGCGCUGAAGGAUAAGAAACUAGUCAAAGGAAUCGAUGCGGUAUUAAAGGAUAAGAAUCAAGUGUUUUUUCUCAGAGUGGCUGUCAAAGAUAAAGGACUUGCGAAUUUGUUCCAAGCUGCAUUGGAGGACAAGGAUACGGAACAUGUGGAGAAUUUCUUAAAGGCAUUGAACGAAAAGAAAUUGGCAAAUGUGUUUAGAUCGUUGCUCAAUGAAAAAUUUAAUGUGGGAUGGCUUGAAACGGCUGUUGGUACUGAAGGUCGGAAGAUUACAAGGGAUCUGGACAAAAGUGAAAGAUGUAUGCUGUUAGAUGAGAUGAUAGAGUAUGUCGACUCACUCAUCAAAAAAAGGCGACAGAAAGGUUAA